ACCGGACAGUUAAAACCAUGAUAGCGCAGUUUGCGGGACAGAACCAGAGGAAUUGGGACGAGAAGUGGCCGGAGAUUAUGCUAGCGGUAAAUUCAAGUACGUCAGAGUCAACAGGGUACUCCCCGUGUUUCCUCACGCAGGCUCGAGAGCCUCGACUGCCCAGCGCCCUGUACGACAGGGAAACCAUCGGCACAGGAAAGCAGACGGAAACGCCUGAAGAUAAGGCCAAUAAGAUGAAGGAGAUCUUCGAAAUUGUGCGCCGGAACAUGGAGAAGGCUGCUCAGGACCAAGCCAGGCAUUACAAUCUACGAAGGAGGCAAUGGAAUCCAACGAUAGGGGACACAGUCUGGGCGAAGGAGCACCAUCUGUCAAAGGCAGCCGAGGGUUUCGCGGCAAAGCUAGCGCCGAGAUAUGACGGACCGUACACGGUAAUAGACUUCGUCUCACCAGUCAUUUGUAAAAUCCGCCACAAGGAUACACAAAAAGAACGAACAGUCCACGUCAGUGAGCUUAAACAACAAACACAAGAACUCGAACAGCAACGGCGUAAUCUGCAGCAAGCACAGCUGCGUAUAGAACAACGUGAAAGCCAGGCUAGGCAAAAACAGGAACUAGCGUUAGCGACCGGCGUACCCCAGGAAAGGCCGUCGCUGGACUGGGUCAACAACAUGUCACGGUCAGUCAGGAGUGGCACGAUUAGCCGUGUAGACAUGGCCCAUAUCAUCAGGUUUCAGCCAGAGUAUAUCCGAGGCUUAUUAUGAGCCCGCUACUACCAUCCGAGAUCCGCACGCCAACUCCAGAGCAGCAGCUUCAAGCUGGCCUGAAUAGGCUGAAACUGAACCUGGAA